GAGCGGGAGGCUGCUGCUGUUUCAUCGCCACUCCGCUCGCUCCUGUGUGGUCCGCUACUGUCGGGAUGUCCGUCCUCUCACGCCGCCGUUGCUAAGGAAAUGGAUGACUCUCGGGCAUCCGCGGACCGGGCUUGGUUCUCCGUGUCGCCUCCUCAGCCCACUGCCUCUCGGCUUGUGACCACUGUGUGUUUACAGGAAUCACUGCGAACAACGUGACGCGUCAGCGCCAGCUCUGCACCAGCCGGGGUGAGGGAUUAUUUCUCCUGCUUUCUCAAGCUCGGAACAUAAUGGACCCACGAAGUGAGGAGUACCGCAUUUAUUCACUCGAAUCUAAGGAGACCUGACUGCAAAAUACUGGACUAUUACAAGCCUCCAAGAAAGUGUGCUCCAGUGAGGACGGCCAGGAACAAGGACCACAGUUACAUUACAGUCUCCUCUUCUUCAGAGGACAACAGACUGGGGAUUUGACAAGCAGCUGGACUACAACAGGGAGGAGGAGAGUGUCCAGGCGAGGAAACGUGCCUGGCUGUGGCUGAUGAAUGCUGCCCGCUGAGGACAGGGGCUGAGGCACAGAGGGGACUGAGCAGAGCAUGGCAUCUACAGGCAUGCAGAUCUUUGGAUUUGUCCUGGCUCUGUUGGGCAUCUUUGGGGCCAUGGUCGCCACAGUGCUCCCGAACUGGAAGGUGAGCGCAGACGUGGGCUCCAACAUCAUCACAGCCAUCUCUCAGAUGCAGGGGCUGUGGAUGGACUGUACCUGGUACAGCACAGGGAUGUUCAGCUGUACACUCAAGUACUCAGUACUGUCCUUACCUGCGUACUUGCAGACCGCCCGGACCACCAUGGUGCUGUGCUGUGUGUUAGCUGCCCUGGGCCUUUGUUUGGCCUCUCUAGGACUGAAGUGCACGCGCUGGGGAGGAGGCCGCCGCUCCAAGCGACAUGCUGCCAUAGCCAGUGGGGGGUGCUUUGUUGCUGCAGGAUUUUUGUGUCUAGUGCCCGCUUCCUGGUUUACCAAUGAGGUCAUUACCAACUUCCUGGACUCCAGUGUGCCAGAGAGCAAUAAGUUUGAGCCUGGAGGAGCUGUGUAUGUUGCUUUUGUUUCAGCAGGCUUUCUGUUCAUGGGGGGAUUUAUCUUCUGUAUGUCAUGUUCGGGGAAAAGGCACGGCCCUCAGGACAUGGUUCUUCUCCCUCCUCCGGACAAACUCCUCCUUCAGCAGCAGCAGCAGCAGCUGCUCCAGCAGGAGCUGCAGCAUCAGUACUGCUCGCUCUCGCCUUUAGACAAUAAGACGGGCUACAGCCUGCAGGACUAUGUGUAAAACAGCACCUCUCACUGUGUACGCUACAGCUAAAAGGAGAGAGGCCGGAGGGGAGUGUGAUGCUUAGGCAUCACAUUCAGCUCUACUCCAGGUAGAGGAGGAGAAACAACCAGGAGGGCAACAACUCCAUUCAUUUAUCCUGUUUGAUGUUCUCGCUCCUCUCUUCUGUUUUGCAAGCACAAGCAGAGAAGGUAUUCCCAAAGCAGAGAGUUGGAACAAACAGUGAAUGUGUAAGGAGCCACUAUUAUGGGGCUGCAGAGUUGAAGGGAGCCACUAACCAGACCCAGACAUCCUUCAUCAGUAAAUCACUCAAAUAGUUCCCUGGAGAAUGGUUUAAGCAAAUAAGGAAAGCCUUCUGUGUAAGGUUUGCAGUAGAAGAAGCAAUCAUUUAGCUGCUAUUUACAAUCGUUUGUAUCUCUUAUUUAACAAAGUAGGCAAAAUAUAGCCUAUAAAAUGAUUUCAUAGCAAGCCAUUAUAGUUUUUGUAUAUUCACUAUAGACUGAUAUGCAGAUCUGAUUGAAAUAAAUGGUCAUAUUUUUGUUAGCUACUAGAAUGAUGUUGAUAUUUUGCCUCUAAAGCAUGCUGUGUGAGCCUGAUGGUGUAUUAAUACAGCGGAAUGCCUGGUAGAGUCCUAGCCACACAAUGCCUGUGCCUGAAAAGCUGUAGAAACAUUACCCUGCUGUAAGUGUUCAAAGCGGACUGUCAGGAGGACUACAUGUGGGCUGCUGGGUUGGAGCUGAGGAGGCGAACGCAGAUAAACGUUGCAUGCCUCGCUCUGCUGCUGGAAAUAUGAGAAAGACGGAGAGAAGAGGUUAAGAAGACAGACAGAAUGGACUAUUUGAUAGGCACUUGUAAACAGAACACCCUGGCUGUAAGUACCUGAGCAUUACAGCCUCAGUAUAUGCAUGGACAUGCAUACCCCUGCUCACACACGUGCUCAAGUGUGUGCUCCUGCUCACAGUAAACACUCAGACAUGCUCGCUUUCUGAAUGUGCUUUUCUGCCCCUUUUCAUCCUCCUCCACACUGCCAUGGAAACAGCAUCCGUCAUUCAAACAUCUUUAUUGUCUGCCAGUUUGUGCUUGUCAGCUAGUGAUUUCAACUUGUUUAAGGGGGGGAUUUCCAUAAGCUUUAAUCAGAGCUACUUCUCGCUGCACUUUCCCUAAUCCCUUUUAUUGCUCAGUGGUGUGAAGCGGCAUCCUUGUUAGGUGGUCAGAGAUUCA